CCAUCAUCCUCUGCCUCCCGUACCUUACCUCCAAAUCUUCUCUAUUACCUCUCGCCCUCCCUCACCUUGUGUCUCUCUUCCUAAACUACCCAGCAACUGCUCAGACAACAAUCCCCUUGUCUUUGCCUACCUCAACGCACUUGAUUAUCUACUUCUUCUUGUCCUCUUUGCAUCAUCGCCUCUGGCCCUUGCGCCUUAUCGCCCUUGGCCCCCAUUCUGGCAACGCUAAAUCUCCGUCUUCUCUCCAAAGUACUCACCACAACCUUUUCCCCAUCAUCACUCUUCUACACUUUCCCUCGCUCUCUUCGAGUCAGCAUAUCCCGUCUGAUCUUUCUGCUGUGCCUGCUUCUUCUUCUUCUGUGCCAUACUUAGCCUCCCCUGCCUCUUCGCUAGGUACGAACGCAUCGACAAGUAUACACCGCUUUACUUGCACGCCUGAAUUACAGUCCAUUCUGCUGGCCCACCCAGGUGACUCGAUGACGGAAGGGUACUUGUCGACGAUCACGAGGCUCAACAACCAUUGAGCGGAUGACACCAGCGCCGAUAACCUCCGACUCGACCACCACGGCACCGCAACUCCGCAUAUCGCCGUCCAUUCUUCUCUGAUUUCCUCCCUUUUCUUGGAAUCCGGAUAGCCACACCAGCCGCGCAUUCUGGAGCGGCUCGUUUGCGUUGUUGUUGGAGGACGUGCUUAGGAAGUCGCUUUCCCUGCUUGGCGAAAGCUUCCCCUCUGUCACCACAGCUUCUCGUUUCGACUUUCCUGCUCUAUACCGCACGCAACCGAGAGCCAUGGUCCAAGGCAGCGCUUAGCUUGUACAUUUCGCCCUCGCCCUCGUUCUGCGGUUCUGCAGUCAUCAAGCCCGGCUCCAUAACGCCCUUGGCCUGCUUGUGCGAUAUCGCUUCUCACCAUUCGCCGCCCGUCUCCACGUUGACUUUGUCGCCUUGCCCGUCGUUGCCUGCGUCGUUGCGCGCCUUUCCAAAAGGGUACUGCAACAACUACUUUCUCUCCGCCCGCCCUACGAGUUCUUCUCCCCCGACCGGCCGAUUCUCCCCUCGCUGUUCUCUCAACGACCGAGGCAAUCGAGGUGUUGUUUCACUCCCCUUGCAGUUGUCAUGAAGGAUGGAUGAGCAAGUUCGGUACCACCCCAACUUCGAUAUCGCGAAUACCCUCUCCCCCGCCGCCUAGAACUUCCACGAACUCGCAACACACAGCUUGUCCUUGUCUUCCCGAAGCUUAGCCUAUCACGGCGGCUCUUCAGAUCAAUCUUGUCCUAGACUUGCCCUUGGGGCUGCAAUCUGCCAGACAAGAUGCAUCAGCAAGCUCGACCCGCCCCACGGGUCUCUUCCCCCGCUUCUGCGCCCCAGACGAAUCCCACAAGAACGAACAACCCGAGAGAAGGAAUGCUUGGUACACGCGAAAGAGCUAGCUCGGGAGCGUCUGGUCGCGAUUCUGCCGCAGCGUCACCCACCAUCGAGACGCCUCCGGGUUCCGUUUCGGCAGAUGCCGUCAAGAAGUUGGAUCAGAUAAUUCAGAACUUCCACACCAAAGCUGCAUCACUGGUGUUGCAAUCGCGUUUGAACCUGAAGCCCAUAUAUACGGCUCGUGGCUCUGGGAACAAGAAGCUGAACAAAUGGUUUCAAAUCGAGACGGAAGAAUUCGACGACUUCAAAGAGGAACUUCGUAUUUGGCGUAACUGCGGUAGCUUCGAGAACAAGCCUAUGCCCCUCAUCAUCGAAACCUAUCUCGAUACAUCACGUUUAACCCCUAGUCAGAGCCUGGUCAUUGUGGACGAAAAUGGUAAAAGAUGGGACGUGAUGGAAGCUCUCAAUUCAUCCGACUCGAGCGACGACGGCCGCUCUCUACCCACAAAGAGGAAUACGGAGGUGAUACUCGAAAGAUGGCGCAUUGAACUCAAGACUUUUCCCACAUCCGACCCGGACGACUUUGGCCCGAUACUGCCAACCAUCUACAAGAAGAGCAUCGUCUUCUUUCGGUCUCUCUUCGUUGCAACCAGGAUUCUUCCUGCCUGGAAGUUCUCUCAAGCAUCUGCAACCAAAGGCGUCCAUCCUUCAUUAGAACCCCGUUGUCGUGUCCGAACUGGCGAACUAGACACCGGCGGCAUCGACCGGCUUAGGCAUCCGUUGUAUGAUGGUCGCCCGGAUGUCGUAACUGAUUACGUUUUUGGCGACUUGGAGGUACCGGUUGGUCGCUUCUAUGCAUCAGUCACUUACAGAAAUGAGUGUAAUUUCAGAGUGGACGACUCAGAGGCAUUGCUAAGCUCACGAUUCAUGGGCGUUGAUGAGAACUUCUUCAAGCCAUCACUGCCCCAGCGAACAUCAAGCACCCGACGAAACGACCCCGAGGUGGGUUCUCUUCCGUCUCACAGGAGGAGUAGGACUCUUGCAGAUAUGCACCAGACAUACGGCAGUCUCUCAACCUUUCACGGAGAGGGAGCCUUGGGCACUAGCCCUAUAUCAGCUCUCAAGGCUGUGAAGCCCCCUGGAUCUGACACGAGCUCUCCGUCUGGGUCUGCUCCUACGAGCAAUGAGCUGAACCCACCAAAUUCAUUACCCGUCACUGGCCUCGCAACAAGGCCCACAAUGAAGGGCUUCAGCAGCAGUGGCCGACGUCCGUCCGUCUCUUUCCAGCCAUUCAAGGCUGGGUCACUGUCUGGAUCCCCCGUCCCUCGAACUCUCGAUUCCGAAUCUCCCGCAUCUCCCAUCUCACGCGCGGCGGCACUCAACGCUCUUACACAACCUCGCAAUCGGACGUCACUGACCGCAGGAAUGCCUGCCACCCUCCGAGGUGGUCCUCCACCGGCCGAAACAGCCGUAGUAGGCUCGCCCCGGCCGUCUUCGACAAGUCGGUACAGCAGCAGUUUUACUCAUCGCAAAGGACGGUUAUCCUUUGGCGGCGCUAGCAAAGCCGGCGAUGAUGAGCAAGGAAGCAGCGGUCGACAAAGCCUAUCCUCGUCAGUGGCUCAGCCAGGAUCAGGCCUCCUAGCAGAAGCGAGUGCAGGCGGCAGCUCCGGAUCGCUCCAAACAGAUGACGACCAGAUCUCGGAAUUCUUGAAAGCGCUGGAUAGCAAAAAGACACUCAAGAGCUUCGAGUCAGGCAAGAAGGGCGAGGGCGCGACGAAUCGGACAGUCGCACAGCUUUCGAGGUUCCACCUCAUGAAGGAGUCGAACCAGGCGCUGACAGACUCGAUGACUUCAUCGAUGCAAAUGCAGCGCUCCUCAAGCUCAUCCAGUCGACAGCUGUCCAAUGUGCCAAGCAUGGCCGCGCCAGCGUCAGUAUCCGUUUCCUCCUCGCCUGGAAAGCCUCUCUCUCCUCACACCCCUCAUACGCCUGCUGUCCCCUCACGAUUGAGCGAGAACUCGAUCAUCAACUACAACACAAGCCAGCCGCGAAGCGACCGCACCAAUCCCAGUGCAGAGAACACACAGAUGCCUAGAGAGGACACCAUCACCCAGGAUGGGACCACUGCCAUUGACAUACCCAUCUCUCCCAGAAUCGGCACUCACCCUAGACGGUCUAGCUCGGUGGCACAGCAGAAUCGGGCCAUGGCCGACGAUGAAGACGGGGAUCUGGCCUUCGCCGCCAAUCGCAGCAUCAGCUUGGGGGCAGAGGAUCGCGAGCCGCCCACGCUUAGCAUGCUGCUGGGAAGACAGACAGAAGCUGAGUCUGCGUCUCGGCGAGCAGCGGGCUCGCUGCAGCCGACAGCGGACAUCCCAUCCUCAGGUUCGGCAGAGAUGAUGAGGCAGGGUUCGUCAGAAGGAUCCAAACCCCCAGGUGGAUUGAUGGCAGUUGCGCCAUCCAGUUCGCCAUUUGGCAGGCGUCGUUACGCUGGCAUGGCAUCCACGGGAGGACGAGGCCAGACGCCUCCUCAGUCCUCCAGGGGAAGCUUUACGGGGUCCAUUGGACGGUACGGACGCGGCGAGAAUGACUUGAUGGACGAAGAGCCGCUCCUCUUCGAUAUGUCAGAAAUGGAUGCGCAGUCGCGGAGAAGUCUGGAGGAGGGUCGAGGUGGUGGCAACAUUGGUUCCGGAUCUGGCAGUCGAGCCGACUUUGAACCUCGUGGUAUCAGUCGAAGGGGAUGGUGAGUAAGGAGCUCUCAGUGGUGAUGAGGGACGGCUUCACAAGCAAUGUUGCUGGAGGUGGCCAGGAAGCGCACCAGGCCCAUCUCUUUCACUGGGUUAUACUUGGGCUGAAUGACACGAGCGCUUUUUAUUUUCUCUCUCUGUUUUUUUCAUAGGCCUACAAAGCUCAGGAGGACCUGAGGACAGGGUCCGGCAGAAAGGUAUCAUCGAAACGGUCUUUCAUUUUUACUUCUCUUCUCCCGUAUUCAAGACAUAUAUCAACGGGUCGGAGAGAUGGGUUCAUGGCGUUGGAUGGAAUAGGAAUGGCCAAGACAAUUCCCAGUGCCGGCAGAGACGGCGGGGAGCACCUUGGGGAACCAAGGACAUAGUACAGAUACGAUAGAAAAUGCACAAAGACUGGC